AUGUCCGAGCAGGUCUCCACCCAGGGUACCGCAGAGAAAUUCGAGCCAUCCAGUAUAUUUGGCCAAAAGAGCAACGAAUUCACCAACAUCAUGAACAUGGCUCAGCUGGUUAUGCGACCUGACAUGGCUAAACAAUUGGAACAGUUCCAGGCACAGUUUGGCGUUACAUCGCCGUUGUUGGUGAAACCACCGGUACCGUUCGACAGUCCAUUUGCGAUCGCAUCGCUUACCAAAGUGGACAAUAAAGAGGAGCGACGAGGAGAGGAAAAGCCAGUUAUGCACGAUGCUGCUCCGUCAGUAUCGGAACAACGGGAUUCGCUGAAUAUCUCGGACGAUGGCGGUGAGAGUCCAGAUGAAAAUGGCAAACGAAAACAGCGAAGAUAUCGAACGACAUUCAGUGCCUAUCAAUUGGACGAACUCGAAAAAGUUUUCGCACGUACACACUAUCCUGAUGUUUUCACAAGAGAAGAGUUGGCUCAACGUGUAACUCUGACUGAAGCUCGAGUACAGGUAUGGUUUCAAAAUCGACGCGCAAAAUUCCGUAAGCAGGAGCGAAGUAGCCAUCACCCGUACCAACAUCCGACGCCAAUGGGUGAAUUACCGUAUCCGAUGAUGUUGAAUCAAGAGCUGAUGGCAGUUAUGAAUCAGCAUACGAUAAAUCAUGUGGCUCAAGCAGCAGCAGAAUCACUACUGAUGACCCCGAGUGCGAUGCUAGCCGCUGCAGCUGUACGACGUCCACAUUCGCCGGCGAUCACACCGGCAGUUUCAGCAGCCACACCGAUGAUCCCGUCGGCGGUGGCAAUGCCGUUUCCGUCUCCGCUUAUGCAACAGGACGUGCUCAACAUGGUCAUGGCCACGAUGCCACAAACCCAACAGCUCAUGUAUCUACAACAUAUGUCUCGGCUUAACGAAAUGUGUAAGCAACUUACGCCCACCACGACCGCUGCAGCCACUUCGGUGGCGGCAGCUGCAGCGGCUGCGACCGCUGCAGCCACACCGAACAGUGUCGCAUCGCCGGUCACCUCGUCGCCAGCCACAGUUGCCACCACCACAUCGCCCGCCACAUCCACAUUAUCAGCCAACUUCUCUGACCUCUCAACUCUCAUCAACUCACCUACAAAGAACGAGUGA